AUGUUAAAGGAAAACUUAGCUUGUCAGUUUGAGAUGAAGGAUUUGGAUUCUCUAUGCUAUUUUCUGGGUAUUGAAGCUGCCUUUUUUCCAAAAGGUUAUCUUCUUUCUGAAUCAAAGUACACUACUGACAUUAUUAAGCAUGCUCACCUCACUGAUAGUAGAGUUGUUGACACUCCCUCUGAGUUGAAUGUUCUGUAUUCUCCUUCUGAUGACUCUCCUUUGGAAGAUCCUACUUUGUAUCGUACUAUUGUUGGCAGUUUAGUUUAUCUCAUUAUUACUCGUCCAGACAUUGCAUAUGUUGUUCAUAUUAGCCUAAUACUGCCUUCCACAUCCUUUCUGGAGUUGCAAGCUUACUGUAAUGCAGAUCAUGGUCGUGAUCCCACAACCAAAAAUCUGUCACUGAGCAAGAAGCAGUCUGUUGUUUCUCAAUCUUCUACGGAAGUUGAGUAUCGUGCAAUGGCGUCUACUACUAAAGAGAUUGUUUGGUUGAGAUGGUUACUUAUAGAUAUGUAUGUCACUCACUCUUGUCCUAUUCUUAUGUAUUGUGACAAUGAAACUGCCAUAUUUAGAUUGCUUACAGCUCGGUUUUUCAUUAACGCACCAAACAUAUUCAGAUUGAUUGCCAUUUUACUCGUCAUCAUCUAA